ACUCCUCUGGGAAGUGACCGGACCGGCUGCUGAGCUCCUGGAGAAACUAGUAGGAAGAAUACGUGGAGUUUGAAAAACUGGAGGAAAGCACCGCCACUCGCCCACUUUCCCUGCACUUUGUCAGAGACCUGUGGCGCAAUGGAGAACUUUCUCUGGAUGCUUUUCUUGGCUCCGAACCUGAGAUGCUUUGCUGAUCCAGGUCUGUCAGUGGAGGCUGAAGGUCUGGCUGAAGCCCAGAGUGGAGCUGCACCAACACAUGAAGGUUAUUUUCUGGAGUUCCAGGAGCCAGUCAACAAUAUUACUCACUUCCAAGGCGAGACGGCCAAUUUACAUUGCAAAGUCACAGGCAACCCCCGACCGACCAUCCGAUGGCUGAAGAACGACGCCCCUGUCGUCCAGGAGCAGGGACGGAUAACAAUCCGAAAGUCAGAAGCAGGAUCCAAACUCCGCAUCACGCACCUGGACACGACGGACACUGGCUACUACCAGUGUGUUGCUUCCAACUCCCUGAAGGUCAUCUCAGCUACAGGCGUGCUGUACGUCAAACUAGGUCAGACGCCGACACAUACUCCUGAUGAAACGUCUCGUGAAAAGGGUUUUUGCCAACCAUAUAGAGGCAUCGCCUGCGCUCGAGUCAUUGGCAACCAGAGCAUCUAUGUUGAGUCCCUGCAGAUGCAGGGGGAGAGUGAAAACAGCAUCACUGCUGCCUUCACCAUGAUCGGCACUUCCACACACUUGUCCGAUCAGUGCUCCAAGUUUGCCAUUCCCUCCUUCUGCUACCACGUCUUCCCCCUGUGUGAUGAAGGCUACAGGGGCCCCCGGCGGCGUCAGCUCUGUCGGGACGAGUGUGAGGCUCUGGAGAAUGACCUGUGCCACGCUGAGUACACCAUUGCCAGAUCCAAUCCCAUGAUACUAAUGCAGCUGAAGCUCCCCAGCUGCCACCUGUUGCCCCGUCCGGGAACGGCUGAGGCUGCUUCCUGUAUGAGGAUCGGUGUGCCAGCAGAGAAACUUGGCGCCUAUUCACCCUCAGACCAGAGUUGCUAUAACGGAAGUGGAGCUGACUACAGGGGGACUGUGAGCGUCACCAAAUCGGGCCACCACUGCCAGCCAUGGAGCUCUCAGUACCCACACAGUCACCACGUGGCACGGGAACACCCCGAACUGUGGGGCAGCCACAACUUCUGUCGAAAUCCAGGAGGACAGAUGCAGGCGCCCUGGUGCUUCACCUUGGACCCGCAGGUUCGGGUUGACCUGUGUGACAUUCAGCCCUGCAUUCCUCCAGAGAAUCCCAGGAAGGAGAUUCUGUUCAUCCUGGUUCCAGCCAUCGCCAUCCCACUGGUCAUCGCCUGUCUGUUUUUCCUGGUCUGCAUGUGUCGCAACAAGCAAAAGGCACCAACAGACACGCCUCCUCGCUGCCAGACCAACGGCUCCCCUGCCCAGGACGUGGAGCUGACCCUCCUCAGCCAGCAGAAACACCAGCUAAAGUUGAGGGAGAUCAACAUGUCAGCCGUGCGUUUCAUGGAGGAACUUGGUGAAGAUCGGUUUGGGAAGGUCUACAAGGGUCACCUGUAUGGGACGGCACCUGGAGAGCAGACCCAGGUGGUUGCAAUCAAGACGAUAAAGGACAAAGUGGACCCUACAGUGAUUGAGGAGUUUCGCCAUGAGGCCAUGUUCCGUUUGCACCUACAGCAUCAAAACGUCGUCUGCCUUCUGGGUGCCGUCACCAAGGAUCAUCCCAUGAGCAUGAUAUUCACUUAUUCCAGCCUUGGCGACUUGCACGAGUAUCUGGUGAUGCGCUCGCCCAACUCAGAUGUUGGAAGCUCAGACGAUGACAGGACGGUCAAGUCCACGCUGGAACAGGCUGACUUUUUGCACGUCAUUACCCAAGUGGCCGCUGGAAUGGAGUAUCUUUCUAGUCAACAAGUCGUCCAUAAAGACCUGGCUGCAAGAAACAUCCUGGUGUACGACAAACUCAGCAUCAAGAUUCUAGACCUGGGUCUGUACAGAGAUGUCUACUCAGCCGAUUACUACAAUCUCAUGGGCACAAGUCCUUUCCCCAUCCGCUGGAUGUCCCCUGAAGCCAUUAUGUACGGCAAGUUCUCCACAGACUCUGACAUCUGGGCCUACGGUGUCUUGUUAUGGGAGACCUUCAGCUACGGCCUGCAGCCAUACUGCGGCUUCUCCAACCAGGACGUGAUUGAGAUGGUGCGCAAUCGCCAGCUGUUACAGUGUCCAGAUGAUUGUCCGUCCUGGAUCUACACCCUGAUGCUGGAAUGUUGGAGUGAAUUCCAAGCAAGGAGACCUCGCUUCAAAGAUAUUCACACACGUCUGCGCUCUUGGGAGAGUCUCUCCAACUACAACAGUUCGGCUCAGACUUCAGGGACUAGCAACACCACCCAAACCAGCUCUCUCAGCACCAGCCCGGUCAGCAAUAUCAGCAUGAGCACCACCAACGCUUCACGCUAUACCACUCCUAAGAAGGGCUCACCCUACCACCAGGCCCAGUUCAUGUCCAUGAAAGGCCAGAUGCACCGGCCCAUGGUUCCCCCUCAGGUCUACAUCCCCGUCAAUGGGUAUCAUCCCAUGCCAGCUUAUCCAUACCUGCAGAACUUUUACCCCAUGCAGAUACCUAUGCCCAUCCCUCCCCAGCAGAUGCACCAUCAACCGCAGAUGGUCCCUAAAGCUGGUUCUCACCACAGUGGCAGUGGCUCUACUUCUACAGGAUAUGUGACCACAGCACCGUCCAACACCUCUGCAACAGAGCGGGCCGCUUUGCUCAAUGAGGACUCCAUCAACAAGGACGAGGUUGACGCAGCGUCCCAGGAAGACGUAGAUCAAAAUGAGCACUCCUCUGUGCCGGAAACAGAAUUGCUAGGCGACAGUGACCACCAACACAGAGAUGAACUGGCGAUCCACUUGUCAGACUCUUAAAUCCUUUGAAGGACAGUGAAGUUGAAUAGGUCUUUGAGCCGUGUUUGUUGUCUGUCGACAAGCAGCAGAAGUGAAGGCGAACAGUGACUGAAUGUUUGUAUUGUUGUUCCGAUGGUGUACAUUGAAUGUCUAGACGAGUUCUCCACUCCCCUUUUUAACAAUCCAUCCACUGCUUUGGUCUGGUGCUGGUUCACAGUACGAACAGUUUCAUCAAAGAUCCCAAAACCAAAGAUUCCCAACCAAUAGCAGAGCUUCAUCUCAGUGUUGAGGAUCUGCAAAAGCGCCCCAGUGUUUCUGUGAUUGCCACGUGGCUUAGAUCUCUUUCCUCCAGUUUGCCCAACGCCUUUCCCAACCUGGUGCUUCCUGUUAACUGUGCAAAACAAGGAUAACUCAUACCUCAGUCUGACAUCUUCGCACAAGCUUGAACUAAGUGUGAAUUAUCUUUGUUGUGGUUACAUCAUUUAUCAUUGUGUGAUGCUUUGGUUUUGGUGCACUUUGCUUUAAGAUGGAUGCUUUAAGAGACGUGAGUUUUUCCAAACACAAGGCUUACUUCUUUCACUACUUCACAAUCCGAGGGACACGAAUGAGGGAUUGCCUUGUGCCCCAUGGCAAUCUUAUUCUUCUUUUGUUGAGUCUAAUCUAAAGCAAUUUCAGCGUACCACAGUUUUCCUCCAUCUUAAUUAUUUCAGUAAUUGCCCUCUUUUCUGUACCAAGUCUUUUUUUUUUAUAGUGGUUCACAGAUGUUGUGCAAUUGUGCAAAUCAUGUAACCCACGUUGGCAAUUUGAUUCCAUAAUUGGAACUUUCGUUGCUGUUUCAACAUUGUAAACACAGUGCUGAGGUCAAACAAAAAUAAACUGAGGUUUCUUUAUUUCAAGAUUUUUUACUUUCUAUGCAAAAGCUAACUUCCAUAACUAGUUGUACAGAUCUGUAAUUUAUGUACUUUUUAUUUGAACGUUUAAUUGGUCAUGGUUUUCGUCAUCUGUGAAUCUUUUUAAAACAAUGUCUUUAUUAACAAAUGUACGUGUUAUAUAAGCUAUUGUAACAAAGAGGUUCUCUUUUCUUUUGUAAUAUGGAUUGUCCAAUAAAGUCAUGUGAAUAAAGUAUUAACAAUGAAGAGCUAAGGAUAUUAUAUUAUAGAAUGAGAUUGAAUGAAUGAAAUUUGAAGCUGGAAUUAACUUAAAGGGUUCUAUCAUUGCUCUUGUGUGGAGUUUCUUCUCUAAGUUAAAUUUAGAAUGCAAAAUAGAGACACCUUCAGUCAAGUCAUGACUUUUGUCAACUCGCUUCUGGAAUUUCAUGCAGAACCUCCAAAGAAAUAGCCAUUUCUAGUUACACAAACAACCGUUCGACUUAGUUCUUCUUGCGUGAGACAGGGAUAAUUCUAUUUUCAGUGUUUAUGUACUCUUCAA